AUGGAAAAACAGCUAAAAAAAAACCAAGUAGCAAAAGUAGGAGCCACUAGUGACCUUGGAAAGCUGAAGCUGGUUAUGAUAGCUGGUGUAAGCUGGGAGUCAGGCAAGCUUCUUGAACCACUUCUGCUGGCUCUUAGCAUAUUUUCUGAACCAUCACUUUGGGCACCUGACCUCUUAAGGAUGGAUGUGUUUGUGAGGGCAGAGCGUUUGAGAGCAGAACCAGCUCAAUGCCCUAGCCCCUACAGAGAGAGGUGUCUGGGGUGCUUUCUUCAUGCCCCUGGUUUUAGUCAUAUCCCACACUCAUGCUUGCCAUUGGCUGAGUGA